CUGGUCUCGGGUCCCCAGAGCUUAUCCGAGGGACGAGAUGACGGCGAUAAUACCACGGAUCGAGCAGCUGUCCUCCCGGGUGGUGCGUGUCCUGGGAUGUAACCCAGGACCCAUGACGCUCCAGGGCACCAACACCUACCUGGUGGGGACCGGCCCCAGGAGAAUUCUUAUUGAUACUGGCGAACCAUCAAUUCCAGAGUAUAUCAACUGCUUAAAACAAGCACUGGCUCAAUUUAACACAUCAAUCCAAGAAAUUAUAGUGACUCACUGGCACCAAGAUCAUACUGGAGGCAUAGCAGACAUAUGUAAUAGCAUCAAUUCAGGCACUGAAUAUUGCAUUAAAAAGCUUCCACGCAAUCCAUUCAAGGAAGAAUUUAUAAGAAAUAAAGAACAAAAAUAUGUUUAUCUGAAUGAUGGAGAUGUGAUUAAAACAGAAGGGGCCACUCUCAGAAUUCUCUACACACCUGGACACACUGAUGAUCAUAUGGCUCUCCUCUUAGAAGAGGAAAAUGCAAUCUUUUCUGGAGACUGCAUUCUAGGAGAAGGAUCAACAAUAUUUGAAGAUCUAUAUGAGUACAUGAAGUCCUUAGAAAAGCUAUUAAAUAUUAAAGCUGAUUUGAUAUAUCCAGGACAUGGACCAGUCAUCUAUAAUGCUGAAGCUAAAAUUCGAGAAUACAUUUCUCACAGAAAUGCACGAGAACGUCAAAUUCUUAAUUUUUUUAACGAUAAUGUUGGAGAGUUAUUUACUGAAAUGGAGCUUGUAAGGAUUAUUUAUAAGAACACUCCUGAGCAUUUAUAUAAAGCAGCUAAACGUAACCUCUCCCUUCAUUUGCACAAAUUAGAAAAAGAUGGAAAAGUAUCAAGCCAAAUGACUCCUGAAAAGAAAUGGAAAGCCAAUCUCUAAUUUUAUGCCAAUAAAUAAAGAAUAUGAAAUCUUUAUUGAGAUGUAUGCUAUAGAAUAUGGAAAAAGAAACUAGCUGCAAAUAAUUACUUUUGCUCCAUUAUCAGAAAAAUAAGAAUUUUAUAAUCUACAGGGUAUAGAUUAUAAUUAUAAUACAUCUAACUUUGUUAAUUUCAAGACUUUAUGAAUAGAUUGUAAUAAUUUGUGAGUUCUUAAAGGACUAAUUAAGACUGCUGUACUUUAAAAUUAAUAAAAAAGUUUAUUUUGAACAGUC